GGGGAGGUGGUGCUGCCCAAUCCAACCAGGCCGGCCGUCUCUACUCUCUAGAGUCUAGAUGCCACCGCGGCGGCUGCCUUGGCCCGAAUCACACGCGCUCUCCACCGCUGCCGCCCACCACCCGUUCGCUGAAACUCCCCGCCGGCCAACCGCCAGCGCCACCACGCCACUCGCCGCCCUCCGCGGCCGCCUGCUGGCCGGGCUCCCCGUUUCCCCCAUCGCAUUCUCCGCGGCCGUCGCACGCGCCGACCCGGACACCCUGCCCGCGCUCCACGGCCUCGCGGUCGCCUCAGGCCUCGACGCCUUCGCGGCCGUCACCAACUCCCUCGUCGCGCGCUACGCCAAGGCGGGCGGCGCCGGCUCCUUCCCCGCGGCCGCCAGGGUCUUCGACACCGCGCGCGAGCGGGAUGCCAGCUCCUACAAUACCAUCCUCACCGCGAUCCCCGACCCCGAGGAUGCGCUCGCCUUCGCCGCGCGGAUGCUCCGCUCCGGGGACAUGCGGCCCGACGCCGUCACGUUCACAGUCGCGCUCUCCCUCUCCGCCGGCCGGGGGGAGCUCGGCUUCGUGCGGCAGCUGCACGCGCUGGCGUCGCGCGCCGGGCAGGCCGCCGACGUGUUCGUCUGCAAUGCGCUUGUCACGGCGUACUCCCGGGGUGGGUCGCUCGACGCGGCCCGGAAGGUGUUCGACGAGAUGCCGGCGCGGGACCUCGUCUCCUGGAACGCGAUGGUCUGCGGACUCGCUCAAGAAGGCGACUGCCCGGCUGAGGUGAUCCGGGUGUUCCUUCGGAUGCUCAAGGACGGCGGUGCGCGGCCUGACCGGAUAUCAGUCUGCAGCGUCAUCCCCGCCUGCGGCGGCAUGGGAAAACUCGAGCUAGGCCGGCAAAUCCACGGCUUUGCAGUGAAGCUGGGCGUCGAGGGGCACGUCUCCAUCGGCAAUGUGCUCAUUGCGAUGUACUAUAAGUGCGGCACCCCCGACUGCGCCUGGAAGCUCUUCAAGUUCAUGGACCAACGCGACGUCAUCUCAUGGACCACGGUGAUGUCCAUGGACGGGAAGGACGCCGUCUCACUGUUCAAUGGCAUGAGGCGAGAUGGGGUGGCGCCGAACGAGGUCACCUUCGUGUCCAUGCUGUCGGCAAUGCCAGGAGACUGCCCGGCGAGGGAAGGGCAGAUGAUCCACGCGGUAUGCCUCAAGACCGGCUUGUCCGAUAAGGCAGCAGCAGCAAACAGCCUCAUCACCAUGUACGCCAAGCUUCAGCGCAUGGAUGAUGCGAAGAUGGUCUUCAGUCUUAUGCCUCACCCGGAGAUCAUCGCUUGGAACGCUCUCAUCUCUGGUUAUGCCCAGAACGAGAAGUGUGAGGACGCCCUUGAGGUCUUCUGGCUAAUGGUGAAGAGCAUGAAGCCCGAUGAGACCACGUUCGCAAGUGUCCUCAGCGCAGUGACCUCUGUCGAGACGGUGCCCAUGGCUUACGGUCAGAUGUACCACUGCCAGACGCUGAAGCUGGGGCUCGGCACCAGCGAGUACAUCUCCGGUGCUCUCAUCGACUUGUACGCGAAGCGAGGCAGCUUGGAGGAGUCCUGGAAGGCGUUCGGCGAGACCAUCCACCGGAGCCUCAUUGCCUGGACAGCGAUCAUCUCGGCAAACUCAAAGCACGGGAACUACGACGCCGUCAUCAGCCUCUUCAACGACAUGGUACGCUCUGGCGUCGCUCCGGACGGAGUGGUUCUGCUCUCUGUCCUCACCGCCUGCCGGUACAGCGGGUUUGUCAGCUUGGGCCGGGAGAUCUUCGACUCGAUGGCCGCUAAGCACGGCGCAGACCUGUGGCCGGAGCACCACGCGUGCGUCGUCGACAUGCUAGGCAGGGCGGGGAGGCUGGAGGAAGCCGAGGAACUCAUGCUGCGGAUGCCAUCCGGGCCGAGCGUCUCGGCCCUGCAGAGCCUGCUGGGCGCCUGCAGGAUCCACGGCAACACGGACGUCGGCGAGAGGGUCGCCGGCGUGCUGACGGAGACGGAGCCCGCGGAGUCCGGUGCCUACGUGCUGCUGUCAAACAUCUACGCCGAGAAGGGCGACUGGGGCGCCGUGGCAAGGGUGCGGAAGCAGAUGCGGGAGAGGGGCGUGAAAAAAGAGGUCGGGUUCAGCUGGGUGGACGCCGGCGCCGUCGGCGACUCGCUGCACCUGCACAAGUUCUCGUCGGACGACUCGUCGCACCCGCGGACGGAGGAGAUAUACAGAAUGGCCGAGUGGCUAGGCUGGGAGAUGAAAAUUUUGAAGAACCAUUUGCAGGUCGAGAUGGAAUACCUUGUUUGAUGUCUGAAUCAAUUGGUCGAGCUGGUGCACAUUUUUUAUGCAUGGAGAUGCAGCAUUCAAGUUAUGACAAAUCUUUGACCAUACUUUGGCCAUCGACGAAAUAUAUGGAUUAUUUUGCUAAAUAGUGUUCACAAAAGCCACGAUAUAUGCAUUUGCAAAGCGACAAGGGAAUUAAAAAUUCAACCA